UAUCGUCAUGCAACAGGCCAGCGCAACCCUGGCUUCGACCACUGAUAGUCAGGCACAUCAAAGCAACAAAGGACUAUCCAACAACCCGUCUGUCGACGCUGAAAAGGCAAUUGGCACAGUUUCAUCCGAUACAGAUCCUGCACCUCCCUUCUCGACCUUCACCCAUACACAAAAGAAACUCAUCGUCUUGACCAUAUCUUUCAUCGGUCUGCUGUCUCCAUUAUCAGCGAGCAUUUACUUCCCAGCUAUCGGCACACUUGCAAAAGACUUGUCUGUCUCGACAUCGGACAUCAACUUGACAAUUUUCCAGGCCAUUGGUCCGACCUUCUUUGGCAACCUGUCCGACGUCAAGGGCAGAAGACCUGCUUACAUAGGUUGCCUCAUCAUCUCAAUCGCAGCCAAUAUCGCAUUAGCUUGUCAAAGAUCGUAUGCCGCCCUUCUAGUCCUCCGUUGCAUCCAAAGCUCUGGUUCAGCAGCUACGGUCGCUUUGGGUCAGGCUGUUGUCGCCGAUGUCUCAACAAGAGCGGAAAGAGGCAAACGGGUUGCGUAUGCAAGUGCUGGAAUCAUGCUCGGACCUGCUAUAGGUCCUACAGUCGGCGGUCUGCUGGAAACCUAUCUUGGUUGGCCAUCUAUCUUUUGGUUCCUGGCCAUAUUUUCUGGAGUCAUGUUGGUCGUGACGCUCUGUCUCUUACCUGAGACCUGUAGAGCUGUCGUCGGAAAUGGAUCUGUUCCACCGCAGAGGUGGAACCGAACGUUAUGGUCAUGCCUGCGGAAGAAGAAUGUUGCUGAGCAAGCUGGAACGCUGCAGCGAUCCAAAAAGAGGCCAAAUCCAUUCACAUCGCUACUAAUCAUACUCAAGAAGGAAGAUGGCCUUAUCCUACUCUGCGGUGCCUUCUUGUACGCAGGCUUCUACAUCGUUCUAAUCACCCUGACCGACCAACUCUCUCAGGAAUAUGGUUUGAAUACUUUGCAAGUUGGCCUUUGCUACUUGCCCUUUGGUGUUGGAUGCAUGGCUUCUCGUUUCUCUGUCGGCAUACUUCUGGACCGCAACUACAAACGCCUUACGCAUCAGGCCGAUCCUUCCAGUGAAUCCUCCUCAAACGCCAAAGAAUCUGACGACUUCCCCAUCGAGAAGGCGCGCCUACAAAUCGGCAUCCCAGCAAUUUAUGCUUCGGCCAUUGUCACCAUAACCUACGGCUGGGUAAUGCACUACAAGACUUCGUUGGCAGGUCCACUAGUCAUGUUGUUCUUCGUCGGCAACUUUACCACAGGAGCUUUCAAUGUGUUUAGUACUUUGAUUGUCGACAUCAACUUACAUCAACCAGGCACGGCAUCUGCAGCGAACAACCUGGCUAGAUGUGGCAUGGGUGCUGCCUUUACGGCUUUUGCACAGCCUUUGGUCGGUGUUAUCGGGAUUUGGUGGGCGAGUACGGCAGUGGCCUUUCUCUGGGUGUUGACGACGCCUUGUCUGUGGGCGGUGAUAAGAUGGGGGCCUGAAUGGCGUGCUGCGGAAAAGACGAAGCUAGAGCAAAGAGAGGGCAAGAAA